UUUUUUUCUACAAUUAUGGAUUUUAAUUUCAAAAUAUUUUUAAAAUUUAUUUUUGUUUUUAUUUUUGUUCUUGGAUGUGGAGAAGCACGUCAAAAAAUUUUGUUAACCAGUCUUCCUGUUUUAACAUUAUACAGAGGUAGUUAUACUGAAGGUUAUAAACCUAUUAAACAAUUGGAAUGUAUUGGUGGGACUGCCUCUGGAAUGCACUCACCAAAAGUAGUUCAAUGUUACAACAAAGGAUCAGAUGGUAGAGAUGUUCAAUGGGAAUGUAAAGCAGAAUUGCCAGUAGAAUAUGAAUUUGGAAGGAUUGAAGUUAGUUGUGAAGGUUUUGAUUAUCCUGAAGACCCUUAUGUUGUUGUUGGAUCUUGUGGGUUACGUUACGAACUUGAUUACAGCAAAUAUGGAGCACAAAAAGGAACUUAUCUUUUACCUUCGAAAUCUUCUUGGUUCAACUUCGAAAAAAUUGUUUCAUUCCUUGUCAUUGCAUUCAUUGUUUAUUUGGUUUAUUUAAUGUUUUCUUCAUCGGGUGGUUCUUCUACUUCGAGAGGAGGAGGAGGAAGUGGCGGUAGUUGGUGGGGGCCAGACGACAGAAGGCCACCCCCACCUGGAUGGAAUCCCCCUCCUCCAUCUUACGAUGAUGCCACAACAAAUCAAAAUUAUUACUCCAAUAAAGGACCAAGUACAAGCAGUGGAAGUAGUGGACCUGGAUUUUUUUCUGGAUUGGGGUUAGGUGCUCUAGGUGGUUAUUUGUUUGGAAGUAGUGGAAAUUAUGGAGGUGGUUAUGGUUAUGAUGGUUAUGGUAGUAGAUAUCGUGGACGUCCAAGUUAUUUUGGAUCAUCAUCAGGUUAUAGUGGUGGUGGAUGUUCCUCAUCCUCUUCAUCUAGUGGAGGAACUACACACACUUCUUCUGGAUUUGGUGGAACUUCAAGAAGAUGA